AUCUGUUACGAGGUAGGCUAUGUCCCCUCCUCCUAGACCACACUGACACACAUUAAACACAAUAUAGUUUUUCAUUCUCUGCUCUCUGUCACCCCCUCGCGCCCGAUUUUGUUAUCACUGUCGUAUCAACUCCUUGCUCACGUCUGUUAUCGACACUUGUACUUACACCCGGUCCCUUACACAUACAAUAUACCUCGAUCGGCCGCUGGGGUAUUUGCCCCGGUUUUCUCUCAACGGAGAGAACCACGCCGUUAUUAGCAUACUAACGUGGCGAGGAGUUCUGAUAUGUUACAGUUGAAAUAUUGACAUUUCUUUUUUUCUUUGGUGGACAUAAUUUGUACAUUCCGCUCCGCGAGUAUAAUUUAACACAAGCUGCAGGGCCCUUACGUGUUGGAUCCCAAAUGUCUUGGUUGGAUCGCUGCAUCAACGAUUGAGGAGAGUCCAGAAGCGGGUUGUCUGGACCACAGGAUUUGCAUGGUCCUAGAAAACAGAACGUAAAUGUGUCGGUAGCACCUUCAAAUAGGUUUACACAAUGAGCACAGAUAGACCCAAAAGGAACAUCAUAAAAAAGAAAUACGAUGACAGUGAGGGGAUGCCAUGGUGUGAGGAGCGGGUGGUACGGAAGGUUCUCUUCCUGUCUUUGCGGGAGUUCCGAAGCGGUCAGCAGAGCCUCCACAGUCUGGCCGUAUCAAGGGGUUCCUCCGCUAAAGGCCAUGGUCUCCGGUCAACACCAAAGGGGGGUCAGACCACGAACAGUCGAACUAACCGUUCACGACGCUUCUCACAAAACCAGCAUGGCAACAAGGAGGCCCGGGAAGACAACCCAUACAAAAAGAAGCCCCGGGUGCAGGUGCAGAGGAAGUUUGCCCAGUCUCAGCCCAGUUCUCCCAGCUCCACCCCCCUGAAGACCGCCCCCCCAGACAUUGUUACUGUCGCCUUGUCCUCUGAGAUGCUAAAUCACAGGCCUCCAAAGACUGAGGACUUCCUCUCUUUCCUCUGCUUACGAGGCACAGUAGCAUUGCCUGGAAACAUGGCAAACUUAGGGAGUGUCCAGGAUGAUUCUGAUAUUCAAGAGGAAGAUCCCAAGGACAGAACUGCUGUCAGUCAGAACUCUGAUUCCUGUCUGGUGACAAAUAAGAGUAGCAGACGUCAAGGGAAGAAAAUGUCCAACAGUGCAGUGUUGCACAGCCAUGGCAGGUGUUUGAGAGGGAGAGAGCCAAGAGGAUCACCCAGGCCAGGAGAGAAUGUGCAUGGGGCAGACAGGAUGGAGAUAACUUCCACAACCAUGGGCCUUCCCAUCCUCCCAGCCAGGGCCUCAGCCCCAAACCACAUCCACUACCCCAGGGUCUCCCAGCAGCCACCUCAGGUUUCCAUGGUGACUGGGCUCUCAGGGAUCACGUCAUCAACUCGCACUUCCUUAAGAAAUCAGACUUCCCCUCUCCGCUUGCUUCCACCUAGAGCUGCCAGGUCUUCAGUGCCACCCAUCAAAACAGCAGCCCCUCCCCACAGGUCAUCAGUCCCACCCUCCUCCAGUUUGCCAUCCCCACCCGUAAAGAGCCCAGCCCCGCCCUCCAGGAGUUGUCUAAACCUAAACAAACCCAGACGGGUCCAAAAGACCAAGCUCUCCCCUCGCAGAAGGCAUUCAAACUCCAGGCGCUCCAAACACUCCACCUCUCGCCUCCCCCAUCGAAACCCCUGUUGCCCCAAGUCCACCCAUUGUCACGUGGCUUCCCGUCGCUGUUCUCCCCACACCAACUCAGGAAAGAACCCCAGCUGCAUCGCAAAGACAUCCAAACAGGUAGUUGUACCCAUACAGGUAGCCAGAGGGCAGAAAAUCAGACACCUACAUGUGCAGGAAGGUGUCCAGCAGAGCAACGAGAGCUUAAGACAGUCCAGGAGAAGGCGUGGCCUCCCAGCAGAGACAGACUCCGCCCCUGAGGUCAUGGAGGUCAGACUUCAGGUAAGCGGCCCACAGACCCGCAGCAGGACACUGAACCAUGUUGGAAAAGUUGGUCGGGACAGUGUUGUAACCAGUCGCCAUGUUGGAGCAGUCCAGUCCAAACCUGCUUCCGGACAAAGACAAACUGGUGAGUCCACGCUGACUCGACAAGCACAGUCCAGCCAGGGAUGAAGAAGCUCCUUAGAACCUGUUUGCACUAACAUUAAAAUAGAUGUUUUCUACUGUUUUGACUACUGUUAAUUGUAAAGAUACUGAAUUACAAUAUCUUCCAAUAUUAUCUACUAUGUAUGAGAGUCAACAAGCCUAUUAUUGUGGUGCUCAACAACUUGGUGCUCAACUUUUUGGAUCCUAGCUUAAAUCAAAAAUGUACUUGUCUCAGACUUUCGAUUGAGAGGACAUGAAGGUGACGAGAGGCAUUCCUUUUGUGGUCUGGUGUAUGGAGGUCUGUUAAACAUGUCUGUUUCACUUCUGGUGCUAAUAUUUUGUUUAAUAACAAAAAUCUGUAACUCUUGUAGGUCUGUGUUUUCAGUAUGCACUGUAGAAUUUGUAUUAUCAUACCUGAGUAUAGACAGCUAAAUACUGGUUUGAAGCAAUUCAACUGAAGUCCUCUGACUGUAGGAAAUCCAGGUAAGACUAGAAUAGAUGACUUCAGAGCUAGCUUGUGCUGGAUAAUGCAAAUUAAAAUAACAUUUUUGCUCUUGCUCCUUAACACUGGUGAUGAAACACAGUUAGCAGACUGUUCAUUGGUCAAGAUGGUUCUGUUGUCUUUGAUAGGAUAGUCUUUUAUAGCUGCCUGUUUCAUUGGCUUUGGCUCUGUUCCCCAUUUCCCUGACGGCC